AACGCGUCCUCCAUUGCCCCGCGCAGGGGCCACGGGCGCGAUUGCCAGAACUGGCAGAGGGCUGCAAAAGCCAGGAACCGCCUCACGCACGGGCGUUGCUUCCCUGUAAAGGAAACGUGACAGCCCACACGCUGGCUUUCAGAGGACCUCAGCUGAACCAGGCUAACACUUCUCAGAAACUGUUUUUAAUUUUAAAGAUUUCCUGUUUGUAAGGAGACUACAAGCUGCAAAAGAAAUCUAAAAACGUCUCCUGGCACUUGUGAAUUUCUGAUCUAAGGUUUCUUUGGAGCCAUUAGUGAAACUUCUGAAAUUUUGAAGAAAUUUACUGCCUUGAUUAUUAAUUAUGGUCAUCAUUGCUAUUUUACUCUGUGGGCCAAGGACAACACCACAAGCUCAAAGGCAGACUUAGGUGUUUUUUGAACACAGCUUCUUAACUCCACGCUUAGUUGAUUUAAUAUUUAAGUGAUAAGAAAAUGCAGUCGAUUUCUAGCCCUUUUUGUUGUUUGGGAUGGAGUCUUGCCCUGUUGCCCAGGCUGGAGUUCAGUGGCGCGAUCUCGGCUCACUGCGACCUCUGCCUCCCAGGUUCAAGCGAUUCUGCUGCCUCAGUCUCCCGAGUAGCUGGGAUUACAGGCGCCUGCUAUCACACCCAGCUUAUUUUUGUGUUUUUAGUAGAGACAGGAUUUCACCAUGUUGGCUAGGCUGGUCUCGAACUCCUGACCCCGUGAUCCACCCGCCUUGGCCUCCCAAAAUGUUGGGAUUACAGGCGUGAGCCACUGCACCCGGGAUUUGUGGCCUUUUUUAAAAGCAAGUUAUUCAUUUUGCUAAAUGUCCCAGGAGAAAUUAUUAAUGAAAAACUGAAAGUGACCUAUUUAAAGUGUAGGUCUUACACACACGUAGGUGUCCUUAUGUACAUUUACCUGUAAAUGAAGACUUUUCCCUGGCCUCAUUCGAUUUAUUGAAAUACUCAGAUGAGGAGCACCUGCAGUUUGCCCAUAUUUUCCCAAAAUGCCUUGUUUUCCUGAAACUAUUCCCAGAAGAAGCCAGACUUCCCUGAAUAAGCAGACCACUGUACUCUAGCAGAGAUUCAUAUUGUAAAAGCUGAGUUUGCAAAGUUAAAUUAAUUUAUAAUUGGUGGAUUUUUGUAUGGAAAUACUUUGGGCUAGUUGACUUUACUAACCAGGCCCUAACUACUAGUUAGGAGAGGGUGGUUGUUUGUGGUGAUCUGGAUAGUAGGUAGCAGAAUAGAAGAGGGAUUUUAAAAUGAUCUGUUCGUUCUUCUGUUUACUAGUAAGAUUUCCAAUCUGUGUCCAUUCUUGAAGUGAAGUCAUUGGGAGGCUUUGUAUCCACCUCGAGCCAGGGCCCUUACCAGGGAUUAGGGCACCGGCAGGCUGGUGUGGAAGUGUAGUGCAGCCAUGCUUGAAGAGGGGACAGGACCAAAGGAAAGGUGACAGUAAGAGGACAAAAACACGAAAUAUUCGCAGCCCUCUUUAGAACAUCCUCCAUCUAGGCAAAAUCUAUUAGGAAUUUUAAGAGGCCUCAAUUAAACAUGACUGCCCAUUGUCCUGCUGAACAGGAAUUCAUUCUUCAGUUGAAGCUCUAUUGUCAGUAAAACUACUCAGGAUAAGGCAGCCGUGUUUAGGCCAUGAGGACCUGCCCCCAGACUGCGGAGCUUGCUCUGUAAAAGGCGUCGUGAUACCCCCUCAAAUGGAUUUACAGAAAAGACUCAGCUAUUGGAAGUCUCUGGGAUUGUAUGGCAUCAUGAGGUAACAGACCUGGUAAAUAGCUAGAACGUAGAGAAGAAUGAAACCAGAGGCAAUGUGUUGUUGGAACUGAGAGGACUGAAAACUGGGUAUUUGGUCCCCAUGGACUUUCUGGUCACCCUGUGAGGUGGACUUACUUUUUCUUGAGUGUUGUGGAAGGACUCUGAAGUCAGAAGUUUUUAAGACUCUCAGGCUUACUGUGGAUCUGGAUUCUAAGGCAACACUUCCUUGAAGAAACAAGCUUACAGCUCCGCCCGGAUGGCCCUCGUCUUCUUGUACGGCACCCUGAAGCGGGGUCAGCCCAACCACAGGGUCCUGCGGGACGGCGCCCACGGCUCCGCAGCCUUUCGGGCGCGCGGCCGCACGCUGGAGCCCUACCCGCUGGUGAUCGCGGGGGAGCACAACAUCCCGUGGCUGCUGCACCUGCCCGGCUCGGGGCGCCACGUGGAGGGCGAGGUCUACGCAGUAGACGAGCGGAUGCUGCGCUUCCUGGACGACUUCGAGAGUUGCCCGGCCCUGUACCAGCGCACGGUGCUGCGGAUACAGCUGCUGGAGGACCGGACCCCGGGCGCAGAGGAGCUGCCGGCGCCCACCGCAGUGCAGUGCUUCGUGUACAGCAGGGCCACCUUCCCGCCGGAGUGGGCCCAGCUCCCGCACCAUGACAGCUACGACUCCGAGGGGCCGCACGGGCUGCGCUACAACCCCCGGGAGAACAGAUAAGGGGGAUGGGCAGGGUGGGCCUAGGUUUGAGAGCCCUGAGGCUCCAAGAUGCCCCCAGCCCAUGCUGGGUGAAGGCGGAAGCAGAACAGGGCCCUUUCCAACGAAUCUGCGGGAAAAGGAACCAAUCUUUCAGUGGCAGCUGAUUUUACAAAUAAUGUUGAGACAUGAAUAGUAAGGUGCUUCCCUCCCAUCUUUCCACCUGGUAAGAAAAAUUUAGGAUUUUAAUUCCCCUAAAUGACAUUCAGAGAACUCGUGUUAUGCCUAAUUCUUCUUCUGCUCCUCUUCCUCCUCGUGUUGUUUUUGUUGUUGGCUGUGCUUUGAGCUCAAGAUAAUAUUUAGGAUCAGUGUAAAGACUUGGUGUUGCCGCUAGAUUUUAGCAGCCCUACUAUACUGAUUCUGGCCUGUAGCCCCUGAGAAAGCCGAUUUUACACGGCUGGGUAGAAUUUGUAAAAAAGAUCCACAGGGCAAGCAUGCUGUACAUCAGAGUGCGUAUAGCACCUUUAUAAUUUUCAGAUCAGGCUUCACAACAAAUAUUAAAGAUUAUUUAAAUUUGAAGUCGAUGUUUUGGGAAAUCAGAUAUAAAAGUUGGUACUGUGUUUGACCCCCACGUUUUUUGGUAUACUUAUUUGGUAGAAGGCUCUUUACAUUCUGAUCUAGCAAAAUAAUGAACAGCCACUUAACGGGAGACACAGCUGAGCGCCUGGACUUCAAGUGGCAGUUUAUCUGAGCCCAGAUCUCAGUAGCCAGACCCCGUCCCUGUCCCCUGAAGGGAGAGCAUUUGGGAGUGGUCCUUUCAAAGAAGAGCCAACGCAUUAGUAAUUUGUUCUUCAGGCCUGACAGAAGCUUAGCUUCCAAACACAAACAGCACUUAAAAUAAUUUUAGCAAGGCACGAAGUACCAAUUACUACCCACCUCCAUCUGAUAAUUGUCAGCAUCGAUUCAACUCGGUGCACGGCUCUUUGCCUCUGCUUCCCAGCAAAGUCUGAAAUGUAUUCCAAGAAUUUCAGAACCAAAUGAAAAUGCAGCUGCUGUGAUCCUUAGUAACCUCGUUCUCUGUUGGGAGAGCUCACUUACUCUUCAACUUAAUGGCAGACUGUGAUCGCUAACUGCAUCUGGCACAAAAACAUGAUCAUUAUUUUUUAGCUUCUUUUGCUUAAUUGGAAACUUGCUUCACAAAAAAAAACACAAAAAGGCUACGAUGGGUCUCAGUUGAUGAGCUCGUGGCGGCCCUGUGCUUGAUGGGGUGGGUGAGGCAGCCCAAGCUCCUUGUGACUGCCCUGGCUUCUGCAAUGGGGAAGGGACGAGGCAGCGCGUUCAUCCUCAAAACAGUGGAGACAGCACCCCCGGCCAACCAGGAAGCUUCAAGGUGACCUCCAGGGGGGUCAGCCACCAACACUACACCCACAUAGAGACACAGCAGGAAAGGGAUUGCCAAAAUCUGCACUUGCAGUCUCUGGUCCUUAGGAAGUUAUGAAAAUCAGCACCAGGAGUGAGGGCCUCACUUCCAGAAGUAGUAAGCCAAUCAGAUGAAAAAAUGGCAAGUGCUAAUUUAAUAAAGCAAGGCAGAGAACUGACAUUUAUAUCAAUAUCUCUUAAAAGGAUCACAAAGAAAUGCUGGUAGUCUACUGGCAGAGCCUGUCGCCUAUGUGUACAUUGUCUUCAUUCAAAGAAAGGGCAAACUAAUAUUUAGACAAAUGCUCAGUUUUAUUGAUUUAAUAAUUUUGACACUAGGAAAUCUCACAGCAGAAGUACAAAUCAUAUGUACAAGUAUUUAUAUCAGUGAAAAUUUCCAUUGGUGAUUUUUUGGCAGAAUACUGGUCUUGACUCUGUGGAAUAAAUGACGACGCAAACGUAGCUGCACAGGGGUGUUCCUGUAAAAUGCUUGAAUCAAUUGUGUGUGAAAGCAUCAUGCAAAUGGCUAAUUAAAUUGGGUGAUGACUGAAA